UGACUGGGCAGCACUGAUUUUAAGACUAUUCUAUCUGCAAUUGAAGUGGUUUCCCGGUUUUAAUUUAGCUUUUUUAAUUAGUUUACAAUUAAAGCAGAAAUUUUGUGUGUAUUUAAACUAUCAGCCUGAUAAUAAUACACCCGUGUUUUGUUGCAAUACUUCAUUUGCGUGCUUUCCCUAACAUAAAAGCCCCCGUUGGUUGCUGUUAAUUUUUCGGCUGAACGAUUCCUCCUAUAAACAGCUGCGUCUGAUUAGGUAGCUGGAAUUUGUCUCAAAGGAAUUUUAGUUUUUUUCGUAAAAAUUUUGCGAAAAUUCCAUCAAACCUUGUACGAGUCUGCAUCAAAUUGUAGGCUCAUUACAAUAGCUACCUGUACGCGUAAAAUGGCAGAAGGUGGGAGUGGUAGCGAUAGUAGUGCCGCAAGCAUUGCUGGUCCUGUAAAUGGUGUUGAAGAUUCGGAUGCUGAAGAGCUUUGGCGUGGUUGUUCGAUGGACGAAAUUCAUCGUGGUUUAAAUGAGUUUGAAUUGGAGCAUGUCCCAGCAGUUCGUCCCAGUGAAACUCACACAGUACUCUAUCAUUGCCCAAUACGCGAAUCCGAUAAUGUUCCGCCACGUCCAUUGCGUGCACACCAUAAAUGGGAUGCCAUGCAUGUACGGUUGCCUUGUUCCAGCAAAAGCCAAUAUCCCGUUACUGCUGCCGAUGGCACUUCCACUAUAGAGGCACGGUGGGAAAUGAUUGAGAAAGCGCUAUUGAAGCCAAUUAACAAUAGCAAAGAACUGCAGGCCGCUAUUCUCUCGUACAACACUAAAUAUGAAAAUCAAUGGAAUUUUCGAUCACUCCACAAGCUCUUUGAAGAUGAUUUGGAUGAGACUGAAUCGCGCGUAUUUUUUGAGGACCUGCUGCCACGUAUAAUACGACUGGCAUUGCGAUUGCCAGAAUUGGUGCAGGCGCCAAUACCUUUGCUUAAGCAAGGUCAAUGUCAUUCUGUAACGUUGUCACAGCAACAAAUAUCAUGCCUUCUGGCCAAUGCAUUUCUGUGUACUUUCCCGCGCCGGAAUACAAUGAAGAAGCGGUCAGAGUACAGCACGUUUCCAGACAUCAAUUUUAACAGGCUUUUCCAAAGCGGCGGCAAGGCAGUUAUCGAAAAAAUUAAAUGCAUAUGCCACUAUUUUCGACGCGUUUGCCCCACUGAGCGAGACAGCUCAAAUACUCCCACCGGAGUUGUAACAUUCUCACGGCGCAGCCUAAGUACAAACGAGCUGCCUAAUUGGGCCGAAUGUAAAGCGCCAAUAGGCGCAACACCUUUACAUAUUACUUCAGAAGGGACAAUUGAAGAUCAGGGUCUAGGACUGCUGCAAGUUGAUUUUGCAAAUAAAUAUCUCGGCGGGGGCGUACUCGGUUCGGGUUGCGUACAAGAAGAAAUACGGUUUGUCAUUUGUCCUGAGCUAUUGAUAUCCAAGUUAUUCACAGAGUGUCUACGCCCGACAGAGGCGCUCUUAAUGGUCGGUGCAGAACGCUUCAGUGAUUAUAGUGGUUACGCAGGUUCAUUUGAAUGGGCUGGAAAUCAUGAUGAUUGCAUACCACGCGAUAGCUCACGUCGCCGUCAAACACAUAUAGUAGCCAUAGAUGCGCUGCAUUUUAUGCAAUCACAACAUCAGUACCGGGAGGAUCUUAUAAAACGCGAACUAAAUAAGGCUUUUGUUGGCUUUAAGCAUCUGUUAAGUUCCCCACCGCCUGGUGUGGCUUCGGGAAAUUGGGGUUGUGGCGCUUUCGGUGGAGACCCUCGUUUGAAAGCUUUGUUACAAUUGAUGGUAUGUACUGUUACACAAAGGCCAUUGGUAUAUUUCACAUUUGGUGAUGCUAAUUUGCGUGACGAAGUCCAUCGGAUGCAUACGUUUCUACUGGAGCGUAAUGUGUGUGUAAAAGAUUUGUGGAACUUGCUGACGAGCUAUCAGAGUCAAAAUAUGUCCACCAAUGAAUUGUACAAUUUCAUAUAUAGCUGCAUUAGUAAUACAUUAAAGCACAGUCCGAAGACGAAAGCGGCAUCACCAAAGAAUAAAAUCGUGCGGAAUUUAUUAACAAGGUGGUUGAAACCGCAACAAUCUUAUGCGAAGGAUAAGCCAAAAGCAUCCUUAGGGCCGCGGCGAAGUAAUUUGAGUGAAGAUAUUUUCGCCUCUUCUUCAGAGUCAGACGUGGAGGCGGGUAGUAUUCCAUCCGAGGCUUUAGCGAUAACCAUACACUCCUCGACCUCUCUUUCGGCUAGCACAGCGUCGUUAAGUAAUGCGCGAAGCAUUGCUAUCGUAGAUCUCACCAGUAAAUCGCAAUCAGAUGAUAGUGUUGGAAAUGCGAAGAGUGGUGAAGAAUUGGUAGUUGAUAAUCCAGACAGUAAAGGGACCGAAUCGGAAGUUAAGAAGUUAAGUAUUUCGCUUUCAGCCGAAAAACCUACAGAAUCCCAAGUAAAAAAGUCAAGUACUUUGCUUUCAACUGAGAAGCCUACAGGGUCACGACAACGAUCGCUUCUAGAUAUGCUAGAUCAAUGUUAUAAAACAAAUAAUGGCCCAAAUACAAAACGCAUUUGUCUUAAACAAGCCGGCAGCCUAAAAUCAACGACACCGACAAAAUAACAAUAACAAUUUUUAUAAAAAAUAAUCAACCCAAAAUCAAGAAAGCUGCUUUUAUGCAUAUUUUGUACUUCAAUAAAUGAUUAUACAAAGGUUUAUAGAAUAAUGCUUAGCAAUAAAAUCCAACACCAUAGUUAACACACGCCCAAACAUACUACAUACUACAUAUAUGGGUUGAGUGAAAAUGCAUUGAUUUUAAAUUUAGUUAACAGCAACAGCGAAUGUAAGCUUUCAUUCGAGUGUAUUUAUAAAUGAUGCUUUCAAUUUAAAACACUUUUGCUGCUAACUGGCAGCAGUGGCGUAUAUAAAAUGAACAAGUGCCAAGCGUUGCACUCUGGCUAAAUAUAAAUAUUUAUGUGCAUAUGUAUAUUUGUAUAUGCAAGCAAUAAAAUGUAAAGCGCACGACUACGCGUCAUGUGCGCCUGUUAUCGCUGUUACACGUUGCACUUUUGUGCAUAACCACAGGUCAGUUGUGUGCUAACUAACGUCACUUGUAAUUUACAAACUGUUAUUAUAUACACUAGUACUUGCAACUCAUGUCGUCUCUUUAUAUUUGGAAAAUAUUAAAUGUUUAGUUAAUUAAUACUAAGAUCUCUAUUGUUGAUUAAAGCAAGUGGUAGAAAUGUUGGCGUUGCUCGCUUGUGUAAAACAAGCGUGAUAAAGCUGUUGACUAUUUAGAGUAAAAUAUUUUCAUUUCAGGCAUUUUCUUUAAAUAGAUUAUUAUCGUCUUAAGAUAUUUCUACACUUAUUUGCCGGUGUUUAUACUAUGCUAUAAAACCAUUUUAUUGUUCGUCUGAAGAUAAGCAGCCGACACGCUUAACAAUAAAGUCCGUAUAAGAAAUAA